UUAUUAUUAUUAAUAGUAGUAGUAGUAGUAGCAGAAAUGACAGUAGUAUUAUCAUAAUUAGUUUUUUUUAUAAAAGCGUAUAUACGUCGUGUUUAAAAGCUCGCUGUUUAUUUCGUUCGUAUACGUUUUACAUCGAGCGUUCAUCACUAAAGCAAGAGAAACAUCAUCAUAUUUUCGUGGGACAAAGUGAUAAUUUUCUUCGACGUUAUCUCUCUUUCUCAUUCUCUCUUUCUCUUCUCUCUCUCUCUCUCUAUUUCUAUUUCUAUUUCUCUCUCUUUCUAUCAUUUUUUACGAAUUUCGUGCUCUCAACCAAUUUUUUCUACGUCAUCACCGUACGAAAAGAGGAUCCGAAUUUUGCUGUGGCAGGCACGUCGAUUUCAUUGGUACAAUUGGUGAUGCAUCUGCCUCGCGGCAAGGUCUUGGAAAUCUCCACGAGGAAUUCAACAAACUCGUUGCCCUCGAUAAUGCCUGUGUAACGACAUUCGUUCAGAAUACAACAGUCGGUUCUUAUCAUCCAAAAUCCGUAAAAUUCGAUAUAUUCGUCUUGAAAGUCACAGUACGUUUACGUGCUCGACGUGUUUUUUAAUAACUUGUCUUAUUUCGCGUAAAUGUUUGGACACUUGAGAGAGAACAAAGUAAAUAAAGGAUAAAAGGAUAAACGUAGAAAAUUGAAUAUCAAAAAGAAAAGUAAUAAAAGAAAUAUAAGAAAGAUUUAAAAGUAUAAUAUUAGAUACGCAUUACCGAUUUAUCGAAAGAGAAACGUGUCGAUUCUCUUGGUAAUCAGAGCACGGAUGAUACUAGAUUGAACUUUAUCUCGAUAAAAUCAACUAGCGAGCUUAGCCACGCGUACCCAGUCAUUGGGUACGGUAGACACUUGGCCAAAGACCAGCAUCAAGAUAAGCUCAGCGAGAGCUGUGGCCCAAGAUGCGCAGGAACGGGUGGUGCCGUUAGUGUUGGACGACAGCUUGCUCGAGAGGCCACCAGAACCAGAAGGGGGCCACGAAGAAGGCCCCCAGAAGGGCCUGCUGGAUGGUCUAGUUUGCGAGCGACCAUUGUCGCCGCCAUCAUCCACAUCGGUGUUGUUGUCUAAGUCCCUUGAUUCGGAUAAAGAGAGCCACGAAGAGAAAGAAGAAGAAGAAGAAGAAGGAGAAGAAGAAGAAGAAGAAGAAGAAGAAGAAGAAGAAGAAGAAGAAGAAGAAGAAGUAGGAGGAGAGGAGGAAGGAAAGGGGAGGUUGGAGGAGAAAACGGAGGGAGAACUCAGAGAUAGUACUGGAUCUGUUCCGAGUGCGCUGGCGGACUUUGAGUUAGAAACCGCCGACGAGAAGGAAUACACGAUUCAAGUUUGUCUUUCAUCACCGGACGGCCCAGUCUGCGUUCAUCGAAAGAGACAAGCAGAGGAGGACUAUCAUCACCACCACCACCAUCUUCAUCAUCACCAUUACGAUAAGCAGAAACAGAAGCAAUUACAACAACAGCAACAGCCUUCUUCGAGACAAGAAGAACAGUGCCAAAACGAUACGAAAUCUUUGAGAAUAACAACGUUGGACAACGUCGAGGUUUCCCGUAAUAGAAUUUGCGAGGAAGGUAGACAGCAGAGAACCUUCUAUUGCAGAAAUCAUCUUCAUUCUCCUCAUCAUCAUCAUCAUCAUCAUCGUCAUCAUCAACGUCAUCAAGGAGGAAGAGGUGAAGGUGGCGGCGGCGGCGGUGGCGGUGAAGGAGGAGGGCGGCCUGGAAUCAAUCAGAAUUAUCGUCUCUGUCGAGUUCAUGCUCGGAGGAGAGAAUUUUCGAGGGACAACAAGCAGCCAAAGGAAGAAGAACGAGCAGAAGAAGAGGAUCGUCGAGAUUUGAGACACUCGGAGGAAAUCGAGUGUGCGAUCAUACAUCUCGAUCAGGAUCCGAUUCUUCGUCCGGUACAGGUACUCGGUUGUCCUCCUGCGGAAGGACAAGAGAUUUCCUCGUUCUUGGAACCGACUGUAAUUAGUGGUGUUGGUAGUAGUGGUGGUGGUGGUGGUGGUGGUGGUGGUGGUGGUGCUAGUGUUGUUGUUGGCUUUGGUGGUAGCACUAGCAGUGCUCCUACCGCUGGACAAAACGUGCCAUACGUUUACGGUGGACUUUGCGCGAGCGGAAUUGCGACGGAGGGUCCUUGUUACGAUCUGUACAACCCGGAUAACAUACGGCCGAAGAGCCGUGUCGGGAGUCGCUUCGCCAAAAUCCUCGAAAGACCGAAUACCGCGGUGAAGGACGUUAAUCGUAAAGUGCUGGCAAUGAUCCGCGUUAUGACGCCUUCCUGGUCGUUACGUUUCCUCAGCGUUAGCUGCGGUUCCGUGGUCUGCGCUUGGGGACUCCUCCUUAUACUCUCAGUUCUCGGUAGUGGUGCAUCACACGGUCCUGGCACCGGCAUCGGCAGUUUUGGCAUUGGAAGUCUUUCCGGUACUAUGGACGAUCUCAACACAGCAAGUUGUCCUUGGGCUUGUUCCUGUGGAGGUCAAGAGGUCGACUGUUCUCAUCGAGGACUCACGCAGAUACCAGGCGACCUGGGUGCACUUCUUCCCGCCGAAAAAUUAGAUCUUCAAGGGAAUAAUAUUUCGGUUAUAUUUAAAACAGACUUCGAGGACAUGGCAACGCUUCACGUUUUGUUAUUAUCGAACAAUCAGAUUCAUACUAUCCAAAGAGGGGCUUUUCAAGAUCUGGUCGGCGUGGAAAAACUGCGGCUCAAUAACAAUCAAAUUCGUCAUCUACCGGAUCUCCUCUUCAGUAAUAUGAUGAACCUUAAGCGGCUAGAUCUAAGUCACAAUCAGAUAGCCACGAUAGGACCAAAGACGUUGAGAGGUGUAUCUGCUCUCAAGCAGCUUUUAUUGGAUAACAACGUGCUGACGUGCAUCGACGAAUACUCGAUAAGAGAGUUGAAGGAACUCGAAAUUUUAAUGUUAAACAACAACAAACUAACGACGCUUGGAAAAGAAAUGUUCUCCGGUUUGCCCCAUUUACGGACCCUCAAGUUAGCCGAUAAUGCUUUCGCAUGCGACUGUCACUUGGCUUGGCUUUCUCGACAUUUGAGAGUAUAUUCUCGUCUCGGACAACACACACGUUGCUCAUCUCCGGCACAUUUGAAGGAACGAAGUCUGACCGACCUACAGGAACACGAGUUCAAAUGCUCCGGCUUGGUAGAACGAGCGGGCUCGGAAUGCAGCGCGGAACCGCAAUGCCCGCAUCCCUGCAAAUGCGCCAACGGAAUCGUCGAUUGCCGGGAGAAUUCCUUGACGAAAGUACCGACCCAUCUUCCCGAGGACACCACGGAAUUACGAUUGGAACAAAAUGGUAUCACGGAGAUCCCACCUAAGGCCUUUUCACCUUAUAGAAAAUUACGCAGAAUCGAUCUCAGCAAUAAUCAAAUUCAAAAAGUAGCCUCCGAUGCUUUCCACGGAUUGAAGUCACUUGAAUCUUUAGUUCUCUAUGGAAAUAAAAUCAGUGACCUUCCAGGUGGUCUCUUUCAAGGACUUUCCAAUUUGCAAUUACUUUUGCUAAACGCUAAUGAAAUUUCUUGCAUAAGGACUGACCUUUUCCGAGAUCUUUACAACCUCACGUUACUUUCUUUGUACGACAAUAAUAUCAAGUCAUUGGCGAACGGAACCUUCUCAAAUCUGCGGAGUAUCAAAACACUGCAUCUAGCAAAAAAUCCUUUCAUCUGCGAUUGCAACUUGAGAUGGUUGAGUGUCUAUCUUCACGCACAUCCAAUCGAGACGUCCGGUGCAAAAUGUGAAUCGCCGAAGAGGACGCAGAAGCGGAAGAUCGAUUCGAUGCGGGACGACAAGUUCAAAUGUAAGGGUGACGAAGAACUUUUGACUAAAAGGGCUGGUGAAUGUAUUUUACCCGGUGCAUGCCCUUCUUCUUGUACAUGCAACGGUGCAACUAUCGAUUGUUCCGGUAAGAAGCUUACCUCGAUACCUCGAGAUUUACCGAUCUACACCUCAGCUCUUUUGUUAGGUAACAACGAGUUGGACAAGAUCAAAGCGGAUGGGUUAUUCCAAAAGCUUCCGGAAUUGCAGCAUCUGGAUCUAAAGAGAAAUAAAAUCUCACGCAUCGAAGCGUCUGCUUUUCAAGGAGCACACAAGCUCACCGACCUAUUGUUGUCCGACAAUCGACUUAGAGAGGUUCACAACAAAAUGUUUACUGGUCUGACGAAUCUGAAGAGCUUGAAUCUCCACGGAAAUGCUAUAACCUGCGUGAUGCCUGGGGCUUUCGACGGAUUGGCUCACAUUCGUGCCAUCAACAUGCAAGGCAAUCCACUGUCGUGUAAUUGUCACCUCGCAUGGUUCGCCGGAUGGCUCAGGAAACGAGAUAUGACAGGAAUGACCGGUCGUUGUCACGAUCCCCCGCGACUCAAGGACGCCGUCAUUAAAGAUAUUCCACAUCACGAAUUCAAAUGUAACAACGACAGCGUUGGCUGCCUGGGCGACGAUUACUGUCCACCCCAGUGCAAUUGCGCCGGCUCAGUGGUGAGGUGUUCCAGGGCUCAGCUUACGGAAAUUCCACGUGGGAUUCCACCAGAAACCACGGAGUUGUAUUUGGACGAGAACGGCAUUAAGACCAUCCAGCCGGAGAGACUGAACCACCUGAGGAUUCUGACCAAGCUCGAUUUGAGCAACAAUCAGAUCGGAAUGUUGUCAAACGAUACCUUUAGGAAUCUCACGAAGCUGUCGCACCUAAUCAUCAGUUACAACAAAUUGCAGUGUGUGCAAAGAAAUGCUCUAGCAGGAUUAAAGUCUUUACGUAUGAUCUCUCUUCAUGGCAAUGACAUAUCGGUGAUUCCCGAAGGUGCCUUUGAGGAUUUGAAAUUGAUAACUCAUCUUGCACUCGGUUCGAAUCCUCUCUAUUGUGACUGCAGUAUGCGUUGGUUAGCUGAAUGGGUGAAGAAAGAUUUUGUUGAAGCUGGUAUAGCCAAGUGUUUGGAUCCACCAAAUAUGAGAGACAAACUUCUUUUAACUACCCCACCUGAUGCGUUUUAUUGUAAAACCAAGCAACAGCCAGCCGAGAUCCUGGCAAAGUGCGACCUGUGUUACACCGCGCCAUGUCAGAAUGGAGGACUCUGCGAGGCGCUUCCGGAUAGGCAGUUCCGUUGCAAGUGCGCGCCAGGAUAUCACGGGGACAGGUGUCAGCAUAAAAUUGACGCGUGCUAUGGAAAUCCUUGCAAGAACACCGGAACUUGCAAAGUAUUGGAGGAAGGAAGAUUCAGUUGCGACUGUGCCCCCGGAUACGAGGGACUCCGAUGCGAGAGUAACGUCGACGACUGUGCGAACAACAAGUGCGCCAAUAACGCGACCUGUGUCGACCUCGUCCAAGCCUAUCGAUGCGACUGCGCCCCAGGAUUCAUGGGAGAAUACUGCGAGGCGAAAAUACCCUUUUGCACAAAGGGGCACGACCCCUGCGAGAAUGGGGGUCGAUGCGUCGAUCACCAGACCCACUACAGCUGCGAAUGCCCGAUCGGCUUCACCGGCCUUAAUUGUUCCACCAACUUGGAUGACUGCGGUGAUCAUAUGUGCCAGAACGGUGCUACUUGCAUCGACGGCAUAAACAAUUACGAGUGUAAGUGCGCGGCGGAGUAUACUGGGAGGUACUGCGAGAUUGCACCAUCAACAGCCAUGUUAUAUCCGCAAACGAGUCCGUGUGCUCAUCACGAUUGUCAAUAUGGUGCCUGCUUUCAGCCAGCUCCUGCUUCUGCCGCGGACUAUCUUUGCCAGUGCCACCCCGGCUAUACCGGAAAACGAUGCGAGUACCUGACGAGUCUGAGCUUCGUGGACAAUAGCUCGCUGGUCGAGCUAGAGCCGCUACGCACGAGGCCCGAGGCAAAUGUGACCAUCGUCUUUACGACCACGCAGGAAAACGGGGUUUUAUUAUACGACGGUCAAAAUGGCGAGCACAUAGCCGUCGAAUUGUUCAACGGUCGCGUUAGAGUCUCUUAUGACGUUGGAAAUUAUCCCACUUCAACGAUGUAUAGCUACGAGAUGGUCUCCGACGGUAAACCCCACAUGGCUGAACUUUUGGCGAUUAAGAAGAACUUCACGAUGAGGGUCGAUCGCGGUCCAGCCAGGAGCAUCAUAAACGAGGGCCCAAGGGAAUAUUUGAAGCUCACCACGCCGAUGUACGUUGGUGGUGUUACAUCCGACGCCGCCACCGUAGCCCUUACAGAGUUCCGUUUAAGGAACGUCACGAGCUUCCAAGGUUGCAUCUCUGAGAUGUGGAUCAACCACAAGCUAGUGGACUUUAGUAACGCAGCCAAGAGGCAUCGUGUUACUCCUGGAUGUGCUUCUAACGAGGAGGAAGCUGAUGAAGCACGAGACGUCAUCGAAGCCGAAGGCAUUGCUGUUAGCAGUAAUGAGGAUACUUUGCCACAGGAGCAUAUUCCUCCUCCUCCUCCUCGCGAACAUUCCGAUAUCGUCGUAUCGCUACCAAUCACAGGGACUUCCGAUCCCUGUACCAGCCACGAGUGCAAAAAAGGCUCACAAUGCGUUCCAUCGCCAUUUGGGAAUGAUUAUUCCUGCAGAUGUCAGACCGGCUGGCACGGGCGAUAUUGCGAAAAAGCGCCAACGUGUCGUAAAGAGCACACGAAGGAGUACUACAGCGAAAACGGAUGCCGUAGUCGACGACCUGUGAGACUUGCCAAAUGUUGGGGAAGUUGCGGCAAUUCGUGCUGCUUACCAAGAAAGACCAAACGACGCAAGGUUCGGCUGAUCUGUACGGAUGGCAUGCGAUACACAAAAGAUAUUGACCUCGUUCGUAAGUGCACCUGCACUAGAAAGUGCUACUAGCAAGUAGUAAUAUCCACAUCUCGUCGAGCAAGCAACAAACUCUCUUUCAACAAACAUCAUCGUAGCAGUAUAUCGAGACUCAACGAGAUCAUUGACAAGGAAACCCCGCGAUCCAAAAUGUCGCGUUAUCGAUCUUUUAAAUAUCCCCGAACAUUCGAAGAUGCGCCGAAGAAGGAAAGAAGAAAAAAGGGAUGAUUAGAUUAGGUGAAGAAUAAAUAAAGUAACUGCGCCUAUCUUCGACGCACCUUCAAAAUAAAACGCAGGAGAUCUUUGAAAGUGAGAGUGACAUAGAACAGUGCGGGCCAAAACUAAGAUGGACACACACAGCCGGCUCAGUGUGAUAUGUAUUAUUAAUUAUUAAUUAUUAAUUACUAUUAUUAUUA